UUUGCUGAUGCAGCUACAUCCCCCAUUGAUUUUCCCAUUGCUCCUGCCUUUGCCAUACCAAAGGUGAGUCUGAGUGUUAACAGAAUGACUGCUGUAGUGGUUUUUUUCAAGUAGCUUGUGGUUAUCAUCACUGCACAUAGAUAAUACAGGUUAUCAGAGAUGGGGACAACAACAUGACUCGCCUUGCAAAAAAAGCAUCUGUCUUUGUUCAAUUUAAUUGAAUGACAGCACAUACUUGCUGUAAAUGAGAAUACAUUCUCAGUCAACUUACCUGGUAAAAUAAGAGUUGAAUCCAAUUAUUUGGGAAAUUAUUAUUGUUCUCAGGUUAUGGUGGCUGCGGGGCUGAAGAAGGAGGACAUUGCCAGGUGGGAGAUCAACGAAGCCUUCAGUGUUGUGGUUCUGGCCAACGUGAAGAUGCUGGACAUCGACCCCAGCAAAGUCAAUGUCAAUGGAGAAGCUGUCUCCCUGGGACACCCCAUUGGGUUAGCAGCAUGGACAGAGAGAGAUAUAGGUGAAAUGCACAUCCUACAUUUCUCAACUGGUGCUAGACCAAAAAAGCCUGAUGAUAAAGAAAGAAAUGCCUGAUGAUAAGGAAAGAAAAGCCAGAUGUUUGUGAUACUUACUUUCUGUCAUUCUCUCUCAGGAUGUCAGGGGUGAGAAUCGUGGGACACAUGGUACAUGCUCUGAAGUCUGGCCAGUACGGCCUGGCUGGGAUCUGCAAUGGUGGUGGUGGAGCCUCCUCUAUCAUCAUCCAGAAGUUAUAG